CCUAGGCUAUUCCGCCAACGCGUCUACCAGCGUCACGACAUCGCAAUCUUAACGUCUGCGUUUAGGACACGGACUCAUUUCUGCUGCUUCCUGAGUUGGCAUAACUGGGCAUUCUUCAAUCCGGUGUCGACACAAAGAGACAUUUUACUAUCUCCACAAACCAGGAGACGCGCCGGUGGUGUACGUGCAGCCAUGUUGCUGAGGAAGUCUCUCUCCUUGCUGACGCUGAGGCGGGGUAAAGACGUGGAAGCCAUCGAACUGUCUGAGACGGAAGCGUCCCGGCAGAAGACUCGCCAUGUCGGGUUUAUGGUGGUGUACGCCGGGAAGGUACCGCUGGGGGAGGACGUGACGCCGGGGCCGGGGUGUACGGAGUCCGCCGUCUCUCAACUCUUAGGCCCGGCGGCGCACGCGAACGUGGAGGUGCCGGGCCGCCUGGACAUCCUACCCCACGGGAUCAGAAUGUCGAGGUCCCGGGAGGAAAAUGACGACGUCCACGACGUUCAACAGCAGCAGCAACAGGACACUCUGACGUUUGACUUGCAGAGAAUCGCCUUCUGCUCGGCAGAUCACAAGGCGAGGAAUAACGUGUUCUCCUGGGUGUACCGGGAGGUGGGCGAGGUGGGGCGGCCCGUGCUGGAGUGUCACGCCGUCCUGUGCGAGAGCCAGCGGCACGCCAAGUUCUUCGCGCUGCGCCUCGGCCACUUCUUCAACUCGGCCUGGAACCAGAUGGCGCGAGCUGAACAGUCCCUGCGGCUCCUUCAGGAGGGAAGGAAGAUCCGGAGAAGCAGCACCGAGCACGGGUGCCUCGGCGGCGCCUCCACGACAACAUAUCCAGCCCCUCGCCGCGGACACACGACGUCGCAAACCAACGGUGUGGUCGCCGAGAAACCGACGCAGAACGGUGCGGUACCAACACCGCCUGCCCCCGGUCAGGACACGCUGAAGAACGCCGACGUCUCGCAUGCGUCUCAAAACGGGGUCGCCGAGAUCUUUAUAUGAUCUCCAAGGACUACAGAAUGUGUUGCCGACCAGUAUCUCGACACUAUUGAACAAGACGUUAGCGAAAAACGCACAGUUGUUUAGAUGGAGACCCGAACAACCCAUACAUGCAAUUGACAAUACUGUUGUUGCAGAUGAUGUUGUUGUUUUUGUUCUACGAGAAUCUGUAAUUAUGUUCUUAUCGUUCUUGGUCAUUAUUCCAGCUUGACGACAAAGUUCUGAAUGGAAGCGAAUGUAGUAAUCGCAGUUUUUGGGAUUUUAAGUUCCGGACACUCUAAAUUAGUCUCUAUCAAACAUUGACUUUCUGCAAAAAUAGUUUUUAAAACGGCCAAACAGACUGAAUACUCAGCUCCUAUUUAGUCAUUUUCUAUAUAUCGUCGCAUUAGCGAUUCUGGUAGAACUUACGAUGUUCGAACGAUGGCGAUAAAGACAUAGAUUUUAACCCGAAACGAAAGUAGACAAAAGGCUUUUCUGUAACGGACAGAGCCUUGUACACUUGAAUCUGGUGAACAGACAUUCAAUUGUAACAUAUCUUUCUGAAUAAAACAAUUACAAUAUGU